AUGCCUUCUACGCACGGAGCUCUGGUCGUCUUUGGAUCUGGCCCCGGAGUUGGUCGCAGCGUUGCAGCUGUGUUCGCAGAGCGAGGAUAUGAGAAGGUCAUUGUCAUGUCCAGAAAUGCCGAACGCCUCAAACAAGACGCCGAUGUCGUACGUUCCGCGAAUUUGAAGACCGGCGUGGAUGAGAUUUCAGUCGACAUUGGAAACCCGGAGCAGGUUCAAGAAAGCCUCAAGAAAGUAGACGCUGCGCUGGGGGACACGCCGCUGGAGACUGUUUUGUUUAACGCAGCCCGGACUGCUCCGAGCAAAUUCUUUGAUUUCUCCCCGCAAGAACUGGAGACUGACCUUAAAAUCGCCAUCAUCGGAUUGUAUGCUGUUGCCCAAUGGGCUGUGCCAAAGCUUGAAGAGUCUGCCGCUUCCGGGGACAAGACACCUGCUUUGUUGACGACGAGCGGAAUGCUGGCCAAAGAUCCCUUCCCAGCGAUGUUUUCACUGGCUUCAUGUAAAGCGGGUCAAUACAGCCUGGUCCAUUCUCUCCACAAGGAGUUCGAGCCCAAGGGCGUGCAUGUUGGCAUAAUCAUCAUCGGUGGAAGUGUCUCUGAUGACUCGAAGGUCACCAAUGCGAGGAAUAUCGCAGAGGAAAUUUGGAACAUGUCGAGAGUAGAGCAGAAGAAGGGUCAUCUGGAGCUAAUGUUGUCGGAUCCAGCCUACGAAGAACAUAUCAAGACCAGGGAGAAGCGAAAGUGA